GCCACCCGGUAGCGCACAUUUGGCGUGUGCCCUGACCUCACCCUACACAUGAGGUGUUUUCUCGUCUCGCAAAGCUUUACUCCAGUACAUAACCACACCGCCCCAUACCAUUCUUCAACCCCCCCAAUUCUCCCCACAAUCCGCCAUCAUGACUGAAUACGUCAAGGUCGAAAAGGUCAUCCCCAAGUUCCCGCCGCCGGCGUUCAGCGACAUCGCCAAGGCGUCGAACGAUCUCAUCAACAAGGACUUCUACCACACUGCCGCAGCUGCCCUUGAGGUCAAGCUCAAGGCACCCAACGGUGUCAACUUCACCGCCAAGGGCACCUCGGCGCAUGAUGGUCCCGUCACCUCCUCUCUCGAGGGCAAGAAGGCUCUCUCCAACGGCAUCAGCAUCACCCAGUCGUGGAACACCGCCAACCUCCUUGCUACCAAGGUCGAGCUCAACGACACCUUUGCCAGCGGCCUGAAGGCUGAGGUCCUCUCCAACUUCAGCCCCGCUGCUGGAAACAAGGGCCAGAAGGUCAACUUCCACUUCAAGCAGCCCAACUUCCACGGCCGCGCUUUCGUCGACUACUCGGCUGCUGGUGCUAUCGGCACCACCGCCGACGCUGUUGUCAGCCACGAGGGCUUCGUCGUUGGUGGUGAGGUUGGCUAUGAUGUGCAGAAGGCUGCCAUCACCAGGUACUCCGCUGCUCUUGGCUAUACCACCCCCCUCUACAACGCCGCCGUCACGGCCACCAACUCCCUGAGCGUCUUUUCCGCCUCGUACUACCAGAAGGUCAACCCGGCCGUCGAGGCUGGUGCUAAGGCUACCUGGGACUCAAAGUCUGGCUCCAACGUCGGUCUUGAGCUCGCUGCCAAGUACAAGCUUGACCCUGCCUCCUUCGCCAAGGCCAAGAUCAACAACCUCGGCAUUGCCUCCCUCGCCUACAACACCAAAGUCAACAGCGGCCUGACCUUCGGUAUUGGCGGUUCUUUCGAUACCCAGAAGCUGAACGAGGCCGGCCACAAGCUCGGCACCAGCUUCACCUUUGAGGGUUAAACGCUCUUAAAGGGUUGUCCAUGUAGAUACGAGUGGGGAGGUAGCUUUUUAGAUUCCUUUGGUUCUAUAGCGAAGCGGACUAAUCUUCUCGAUCGAUGUGAUGCAGUGAGCAAGUGUAGUAUGGCUUU